CUCCACUUUUGCUCCACUUUGCUCCACAAUGAGGUCAUUUAUGAUGCAACUCUGAUGUCAUUUCUCUUUCCAACCUUAUUUCUUGGUACUAUACAGUUUCUCCCAUCUCAUGUAUUUAAGGAGAGCACUUCUCCACCCAUAAAAAAGAAAAAUAAGAAUCUCUUUUAUCAUUUAAAAGAACCUCCACUUCUUCCACUUUCUCUGACAUUGACACUCUUUGUGUUAGCCAGGAAGUGCAGACCAAGUACAUUUGGUUUACUUGCUCUGAGAUCAUUUAUUCUUUUCUUGACUGUACCUGUGCUGUCUAGUGUGCAUCUGACAUAUAGUUUCAGAGGACUAGAAGUACCAAGUCAAGCCGUAUUAUCUGUGCCUGCAGAUUCCUUUGUUGGAUCAUCUGCUCUUGUAUCAUGUCAUCUUCCUUGGAUUAAACCCUUUGCAUUUAGGCAGGGAAAUCCAAUCAGCUUCUACCAAGUUCCCUUUUAUAAGUCCUUUAGUAUAUCAAGGCAGGGGAAUAUCAUUAGCAUUAUUUGCUACCUAGUUUUGUGCAUAGUACGCACCUAUUCUUUAUUUUCUGUCUAGUCAAGUAUAGGACUAGAGAGACUCACCCACAAACUCUAUUCUCUAUCUAGUCAAACAUAGGACUAGAGAGACUUACCUACAGAAUCUAUUCUAUUUGUCUAGUCAAACACAAGACUAGAUAAAGUUCUAUCUACAUACUCUACAUUAUCUGUCUUGCCAGAUAAAGCUAGGCUUGUAUUGUAGAACCCCUAUUUACAACCAGGUAGAAUAAAACCACCGGGCUGUAUAGCAGGUAACCUCCCACGAAUGCCGCAUUAUCUACCACAAAAGAAGAAAAGUUGUAGACUGCAAACUUGAGGUUGUAGGCAGCAUUCAGUCUUAUCAAAAGUGUAAUUGUGGUGUCAUUGCCUUUUGACCACUUUUAUAUAAGACACCUCAAGUAAGAAGACAACAUUGACCAAAGACUGGUUGGUCAAAU